AUGUCUUGCUACGACCUGUGCCCACCAAAAACCAGCGUCGCCGUCCCUCAGCCCAUCGCUGAGAGCUGCAACGAGCUGUGCGCCCGCCAGUGCCCCGACUCCUCGGCCUUCAUCCAGCCGCCCCCGGUCGUGGUCACCUUCCCCGGCCCCAUCCUCAGCUCCUUCCCCCAGCAAGCCGUGGUGGGCUCCUCCGGAGCACCCGCCUUUGGGGGCUCCCUGGGGCUGGGGGGCCUCUACGGUGCCGGGGCCACCCAGGGCUCGGGAGGCCUCUGCACCUUUGGCAGAAUUGACUUCCGUCCCUGCGAGAUGGCUUGCUACGAUGUGUGCUCCCCCUCCGCCUGUGGUGUCUACCGUCCCCAGCCCCUGGCUGACAGUGGGAAUGAGCCAUGUGUCCGUCAGUGCCCUGACUCCACCACUGUGAUCCAGCCACCUCCCGUCGUCGUCACCUUCCCUGGCCCCAUCCUCAGCUCCUUUCCCCAGGGUUCUGUUGUGGGGUCCUCUGGAGCUCCUGUCCUUGGGAGCUCUGGGGGCUCCCUGGGCUAUGGCAGUCUGGGGGGCUAUGGCAGUCUGGGGGGCUAUGGCAGUCUGGGGGGCUAUGGCAGUCUGGGGGGCUAUGGCAGUCUGGGGGGCUAUGGCAGUCUGGGGGGCUAUGGCAGUCUGGGGGGCUAUGGGGGCUCAUCCCUGGGCUGUGGAGGGGGCUCCCUGGGUUACAGGGGUCUGUAUGGCUAUGGUAGAUCUUAUGGUUCUGGCUCUUGCAGCCCUUACUCCUACCGGUACAGCAGGUACCGCCGUGGCAGCUUGUGUGUUGCCACUUACCUCCAUCCCUACAAGAUGGCUUGCUACGACCUGUGCUCCACCUCCGCCUGCGGCGUCUACCGUCCCCAGCCCCUGGCUGACAGCUGCAACGAGCCCUGUGUCCGCCAGUGCCCUGACUCCACCACUGUCAUCCAGCCACCUCCCGUCGUCGUCACCUUCCCUGGCCCCAUCCUCAGCUCCUUCCCCCAGGAUUCCGUUGUGGGAUCCUCUGGAGCCCCUGUCCUUGGGGGCUCUGGGGGCUACGGAGGCUAUGGCUCCUCCCUGGGCUAUGGGGGCCUGUGGGGCUAUGGUGGCUAUGGCUCCUCCCUGGGCUAUGGGGGUCUGUGGGGCUAUGGGGGCUCCCUGGGUUACGGGGGUCUGUAUGGCUAUGGUAGACCCUAUGGUUCCAGCUAUUGCAACCCUUACUCCUACUGGUACAACAGGUACAACCGUGGGAGCUGCGGGCCCUGCUAA